AUGAAGAAAACCCCAGCUUUAUUAGAAGACGAGGAUUUUCAAAGGAAUUUCAAAGGGGGGUUGUUCUCCCUGGCAGCAAGCCACAUACCAGAGGCCGACGGGCGAAAGGCAGAAGAGAUAUUCAAUAUCGGCAUCGAUUCUUUGAUGGCCAUUGAACUGAAGAUGUGGAUACGCCGCAACUUCGAUAUUGAGAUCAACACGGUCGAGGUGACUCAGGGCUUUGGCCGAUUUGCUCACCAAGCGUGUCAGAGUAAAGUGGCUAGUCGCCAAUUGAACAGAAUCCUUUACGUCCUUUGGGUCGGUCCGGCAGAUCAAGAUCAUGUCGAGCCUCUUCGAUUGAAAAGAAACCUCGACGAAUCAACCUUAAACACCUUGCGUUUGUUUGAUGAGCUGCCUUCGAUCGUCGAGCACCACGAGGAUACUGAGGGCCGCGGAGAUACUUUAUCAAAGAACCUAUAUCAACCAGCUCCUAUUCUACCGCGGUACCGUCAACCCUUCGGCAUUUCCGUAUUAAGCCCUGCAGGUCACCAGCCCGGCGGCCCCGGUGGAAACUCUUCAUCAAGUACUAUUAGUUACCAUGGAGGUUCUGCAAACGCUCUAUUACAUACUAUUCCCCCGCCAAAUCCUACACAGGAUGCUUUGGCCCAGAUUCUUACCUCGAUAACCCAGAUAAACAAUAGGUUGCAACGACUGGAGAACCGCAGUAAUAACAAGUCCCAACCCCGUCAAGGUCCGCCCGCUCCGCCCGGUGGUCCUGGCCCUCCUGGCCGUAUGGGAAAUGGAACACCUGGUGGCCCUUCGAAAACGGAAGAAAUGGCUACUACUGGCCGGACCACGGAUGACGUCGCAUUGAAACAGGUGAACAACCACCUUUACUACAAGGAUAUCAACGUAUUCAUGGAUAGAGUUAAAGAAGUUAUGCUUGUGCAGACGCCAACAUAG